UCUCCGUGAAAAGCUCUUUUUCGUUUCCUGAACCUCCGGCUCGGCUGAAGCCUCGAUCGCCGCAUGCCUGCGAAUGCAAUGGUUCGGUUUAACGCACGCGCUCAACAGCCCGGCUCUGCGAGACACCCAAGUGCUAUUCUGAGUUUUUUCAAAGCAUCCCGAGGACUUUUUCUAUGACAAUCUUUCUCUCUUUUUUUUCCCUGAGCACGCGAACGAAACGCAGGAUAAAAUGAUCGCUCUCUUUCCGUGAUUUUUGUUCCUCCACAAACCGCUCUGUGUGUCUCUGCGCGCGCGCGCGCGCGUGUUUAUUUUUCGCCUCUCUCCGCUACGGGACAGUUUGAGCUCAGCGCCAAAGACCGUGUCUUUUGCUCAAAGUUGUGUGAUGGUCUGGCUGGUGAAGCGGCGGCUUUUAACGGCGGACAGAGUCCGGUAGAGGUUGGCGGAGAGUGCGGUGGGAAGCCGCGCGCGCGACUCGAGGCGGGGUUAAAGUUCAUCACGGAGCGCUGAGGCAGCGCCGCUCGCGCUUCGCCACAGUCGGAAAUGUGAAAGCAAGCAAGAAGCAGCCUUUAUUUUCCCCCUCUCUCCCUUUUCUGUCUGUCUCUUCUUUUUUUUCUUCUUUUUCAUACACACACACACACACACACACACACACACACACACAGCGGACGCUGCGAUCAGAAGUAAACGGACACACAUACACACACACACACACGCUCACACACAUCAACACGUACAUACAUAAACACGCCGAUUCGUUACAGUUAUCCAAACACACACAUACACACACAAUUCACAAAUUCGACCACCAGAUAUGUAUUCUCCGCUAUGCCUAACACAGGAUGAAUUCCAUCCUUUCAUUGAAGCACUGCUGCCCCACGUGCGUGCGUUCGCCUACACUUGGUUUAACCUGCAGGCCCGCAAGCGAAAGUACUUCAAGAAGCACGAGAAGCGCAUGUCCAAGGAAGAGGAGCGCGCCGUGAAGGACGAGCUGCUCAGCGAGAAGCCUGAGGUCAAGCAGAAGUGGGCGUCGCGGCUGCUGGCCAAACUGCGCAAGGACAUCCGUCCCGAGUUCCGCGAGGAUUUUGUGCUCACCGUGACGGGGAAGAAGCCUCCGUGCUGCGUGCUCUCCAACCCCGAUCAAAAAGGCAAGAUGAGGAGGAUCGACUGCCUGCGCCAGGCAGACAAAGUGUGGCGCUUGGACUUGGUCAUGGUGAUUUUAUUCAAAGGUAUUCCCCUCGAAAGUACUGAUGGCGAGAGGCUGGUUAAAUCACCGCAGUGCUCAAACCCAGGGUUGUGCGUGCAGCCGCAUCACAUAGGAGUUUCAGUUAAGGAGCUGGACCUGUACUUGGCCUACUUUGUACAUGCAGAAACUGCGCAGUCUGAAAGUCCAAACCAGCCCAGUGAAGGGGACGUUAAGGACCAGCCAGAAAAUGGACAUCUGGGCUUCCAGGACAGUUUCGUCACAUCAGGUGUCUUCACCGUCUCCGAACUUGUCCGAGUCUCGCAGACCCCAAUUGCGGCAGGGACAGGACCCAACUUCUCACUGGCAGAUUUGGACAGCUCCUCUUACUACAGUAUGAGCCCAGGUGCUAUGAGGCGGCCCCUACCCAGCACCUCUUCUAGCAGUUCUGCAAAGCGGAUUAAGUGCAUGGAGGAGGAGGUGGACAGUCCAGGCGAGGAGUCCUACUACCCUGGUCAGGGGCGAUCCCCAGGCAGCGGAAGCCAAGCCAGCAGCUGGCAUGAAGUAGAGCCAGCGAGUCCUCAUGCCACGCCGUCAAGUCUUCAUUUCCCGACGUCUCCAAUAAUCCAGCAGCCCGGCUCCUACUUCUCUCACCACGCCAUCCGCUACCACCCGCAGGAGACGCUCAAGGAGUUUGUCCAACUUGUCUGUCCUGACAGUGGUCAGCAAGCUGGACAGGUGGGCUUCCUGAACCCCAAUGGCAGCAGUCAAGGGAAAGUUCACAACCCGUUCUUGCCCACGCCCAUGUUGCCCCCACCGCCACCCCCGCCCAUGGCGCGACCUGUGCCACUGCCCGUGCCAGACUCCAAACCUCCCUCCACCACGGCCGAGGGAGGGGGCACCUCGCCCACCUCGCCAACCUACUCCACACCGAGCACGUCCCCUGCCCAGCGCUUUGUCAGUGUGGGCCCCAGAGACCCCAGCUUUGUAAAUAUCCCCCAGCAGCCUCAGUGGUACCUGGGCUAAGGAGUCCAGAUUCAGACCGGCCUCUCCCGAGCUCACAUGCCCCUCCCUGCCUUCCCUGAGUGUGACCUUCAAAUGUGCCCACCGGUGUGACGCGCCAGGAUCUGCCCGCCGCCCUCAAUGCCCACAGACCCCCAGCAUGGCUACAGCAGAACCCAGAACAAAUCCAAACAACUCAACUCAACACGCUUACAACAAACAUACUCAGUAUCUGUAUAUCCCAUAUAUAUUCCUCCAGAUGUAUGGUUUCUAUUCCUGUAUUCAUAUAUAGUAACUGUCCAGCUCUUCUCUCUCCAGGAGAUUGGGCUUGAAAAUGGAGAGAUCUGAUUUACUUGGAAACGUGCAUGAUUUUUUUUUUUUUUUUUUAAUUUUGUUCAACCAGAUAAGGAAAACAUAAUGUGACACAAUCGAAGAGCUUCCUUCAGUCCAUGACUGUACCCAGUCUCAUCGAGAGCUGAAUCUCUAUCAGUAAUUCCUGAAUUUGUUGCAGUUUCACGUAUUGGCUACGUGAUUUGAUCAUCCCGGACUGGCGCUCCCCGUGCUCCUCUCCCUCGUGUUUGGCAGGAUCUGGCGGAUCUGGCAUUUUUUUGGGGUAAAACCCUACUUCUGCUUGUGGACUUCUUACAGAGGUUUUACUUGGAUCAGAUAUUCCACCAGCUAAAACCUCUCUCUUGACUCAAUAGUCUGCUCUGGCCAGAACUGUUCAUCCAUAUCUUCACCGCCGAGACCUUCAACGCCAUGCCCAUGGCCCAGCAGACUUCAUGUGCCGGGAAAUGGCAACUAUGAGAAGAAAUUCCCCUGGUUUGUGUCUUGGGGCAGGAAGUGAGAAGAUGGUGGUGUUUGAUAUGAGCUCAGAAGGCUGUAAAGUGAAGAAUUAAUACGGGAGAUUUUUUUUUUUUUUUUUUUUUUUUGGAAAAAGAAAUUGUCUCCCAUCUUGGAGAUGCGUUCAUAUUUUUGUUUUUUUGUGUUUUUGAGUCAUUUCAGUUGUUUCUAAUACACCCCAUGUAAAGGUCUGCUAUUAGAGAGAACGGGCGGAUAGAAAGGCUGAGCUUCCAUUCAUUAACAAGACAUAAGACAACCAUAAUUGGAAGUAAAAGGAAUUUUGAAUUGAGGAAAGUGCAAUUUUGUUGGAAAGCUGUCAGAUUGUUAAAUAUCUUUUGUAAGAUAGAUCAUUGCAGUGAAUGUUGAAAAGUAUAUCUCUAUAUAUAUUUUUCUUCCUAGUCCAUUCACACCUCUGGGACUCUAAAAUAUCGGGGUACAAAAAUAGAACAAAUAGCCUAGUGUGAAAUAGAGGGAGCUGUAUGUGCUUUUUUUUUUAUUUUUAUUAUUAUUAUUAUUAUUAUUAUUAUGUUUGUUCAUCUUUGUAAAUUUGUUGGUAUUGUAGAAGAAAUAUCCCUUUAAGAAAAUUUAAACAAUCAAUUUUAAACAUUUUGACAACUUCAUCCACACAUUGACAUUAGACUGCUGUGCAAGUUUGUUUCCAAAAUCAGCUAAUUAACUUAUUUUAAUGAAGCACAUAAUGUAGGAGCAGUUAGCUGUUCGUCAUAUCUCAUCAGGCCAACUCCAUUGCGUGUAACAUAAGAAAGAUUCGAUCAUAUCAGCAGCUUCAGACAUGGUUGGUUAUGAAGAGCUCUCAGAAUAGGAACACUAAUCUGUGGUCAGUUUAUAUAUUUUUUGAUGUUCUAUAUGGACGAAUCCCAGCACUCUUACUCUUAAACCCUUUCUACGUUCAGUAUGGUCCUUUUUCUUCUUUAGCUGAAAGCUCUUGUGCCUGUUCUGUGACCACAGACUGGUAGUCGAUGCCGGGGUGACACAACAACAACAACAAAAAACAACAACUUCUGUAACCUUUUAUGAAAGUGUUAUACAAAAUAACAAAGAAAAAAAAACAAAUGACUGAAGAAGAUCAGACAAAAACACGAAUGCAACCGCAGAGCGAAGCCUUUCUUAAUUCAUUUGCUUCGCAUGCGAUUUAACCGUUAUUCUUCAUUCGACUUUUGACUUUUGUUUCCUACAGUACGUAUAUAAUAAAUACACUUACACCUGACUCAUCCACUAUUGAUCAAAUCUCAGAAAAGUAAGAAAAAAGAAAAACACACAAAAAAAAAUAAAAAAAUCUGCAUGUUCUAGUGUUAGUGACAAAUUUUUACAUAGAUUAUGUAGAGAUAAAGUAGUGUGAAUAAAGACACAAUAUUGUAAUCCCAACUCCAGGCACUUGCCAAAUCGAGUAUUUUGUUUGGCCCCUUAAACGUAGGGUAUUUUUACUGCUGUCCUCACAAUCAACCAGCUAACACGUCUUUGUGGUUCUCCUUAGCGUCUCCUUCACCUUUCUCUAUAUCGUCCCUCCCUCCUUUGAUGCUUUUUUUAAAAAAAAAACAAUCAUUCUUUUUUUUUUUUUUACUUGCAAGAGCAAUUCACUUUCUCCUCUCAAAUUGCUCAGUUGUUCCUCAUCGAUGUGCCUUGGUCUAGUCUUGAGUUGAUUCACAAGUCGCAGUGCAUUUUACUUCCCAGAUCUUUUCCAUCUUGCUGCUACUAUGCAGGGAAUCAGAGAGUGAAGAAGAUAAUAGGAAUAUGUGCUAAUAAUACAUUAAGAGGAGCACUGUGUGAGCCCAGGCCUAGUGAUACAACAUCUAUACAAGACUCAGUCUUGUACUACAGUGUUAAUCAUGCGCAGGCACUUAUUAGUUGUAUAGUCAAUAGGAAAUGAAUCAUUGAUUAGUGUAACUGUUAUCAUUCUGACACCCAGGCCCUUUUUAGCUAGUGUAUUGAUAUUUAUGGAUGUUGCUGCAAUUAUUUCUAAAUGGAAACAACCUUUUUUUUUUUUUAGUCUUCCUGUUUUUGUUCCCAGAACAGUAAAAUAAGGGGGGAAAUGAAUGAAUGAAUUAAUUAAUUAAUUAAUAUGCAAUACCUGCUUGCACUCAUUUAGAUGUCCUUUUCAUCCUUUCUUUUUUUUUUUUUUAACCAAAGUUAGUGUUGCACUUGACUGGCUGGUUGGCAGAUUUGCUUUUUCAUUCAAACUCCACACCGGUCAUGUUUGGGAAUUCUACUUUCUUUGCGCUUGACCUAAAUGACUAUUCACGUAUUAGGCUUCCUCUUUCUUUUUCCUUUUGGUCACAAGCAAGCCUUAAAACAAGGAAAAAUUUCUCUCCAGUACGACAAUGUUUAACAUACGUGCAUUUAAGCAUUUAAGAAAUUGCGAAAACGCCCAUUUUAUGUACAUGUUGAUCUUCCAUAAUAACCAGUUUUCUUGUCUAUUCCAUAUAUAUCAUUUAAGAAAAAAAAAUAUCAAGAAAAUUUUCCAAGUGUUUGAUAUGGCGUUUUAGUGGUUACACUUGUGUGUGGAUUGUGUGUGCUUUCUUUUUUUCUAUUAUUUUUUAUUAGUGUGUCAGGUUUUUUUUUGUUAUUGUUAUCGUUGUUGGGGUUUUUUUUUCAUUGUCCUUGCCUACCCUUUAGUAAUGAGUUGGGCAUUAUUUCCUUAUCUGCACUAAAUAUGAAAGAAUGACAGUUAUGAGGAUUUUUAAUAAAUAAAUAAAUAAAUAAAACAGCUUCCAGGGCUUAAACGAGCAAAGGGAAAAAAAACUGAUUUGAUUGCACGGACAUUUAAAAAUUUUUUUUUUUUUUUUUGUCACAGAACCUUAGUUUAGUUUAGAGCAGCCUAGCAUCUAAUCAGCAGGAUAUCUGGCUGUGUGUGUAAAAUAAUGAAAAAAUUGCAACCUUUUUAAAGAAAGACAAAAAAAGAGAAAAAGAAUAUAAAAGCAAUAGCUUGGGCAGUCUCUUUUGUUGUUGUGUUGUGUGUGUAAUUUUUUAGUUAGUUAGUUUUGUUUUGAGGGGGGUUACAAACAGAGUUUUUGGGAGAAGAAGAACAAAUCUAAUUGAAAUUGAGAAGAGAGCUAGGACUAGGACGCCGCUGAGUAUGGGAGAUCUGUUGUUUGUAUAUUGUAUAGUUUUAUUAAUUACACUGAUUUUAAAGCUGCCCUAUUUUAUAAUGCAGGACUUUUGUAACAUUGAUUAAAUGAGGAAAAACUAGUGUUGUGAAUUUUUGCAUCGUUUGUAAUAAGGCCACAUUAAUAGAACUUGUUUUUUUUGUUUAUUUGUUUGUUUUGUUUUCGUUUGUUUGUUUGUUUGUUCGUUCGUUCGUUCUCUGGGGAACUGGAUUUAAGUUGAAAACUUUCCUGUUUCCUGAUUUAUCUUUUUUUUCUUUCGCUUUCCUUUUUGUAUGUAUUUAAAGACAUUUUUGUUUGGUUGGGUUUUUUUUUUCUUCUUUCUUUUGAUGGUAUAGAAUAUUUCCUAUACUUGAAAAGUAUAAGGUAUUGAGGUGAAAGCCCCAUUGUAAAUGGAUGUUACAAGUAUGCUUGCUGUAUGUUUUGAAGGUUCUUUGUUGCAUCAGUGUUGAUGAAGCUAAAUUUAGUUAAUUCUGAGGAUGUUGGUAAGAAACGAGAGCGUUUUUAUGCAUUUUAAAAUUAGUUUUAGGCAGAAGACAAUGACAUAGACAGCCAAAGGAUGCCCCUAUUAUAAAUGCAUCUAGGCAUCUUUUUGUGUUCACCAUUCCAUGCAGGAAAAUAAACAGCUUGAUAUGCAACAUGA